AUGGAUGAUAGUACAGUCUAUGUUGAUAGUGGAAGCAAUAACAAUGAGAUCAAUAUCAUCAAUACAACUUCAGAACCAACUUCAACAACAACAACCACAUCUACAUUAACUCAUCAUCAGCAUCAGCAGAAGAUAGUAUCAAUCGUAUCAACUACAAAUAAUAAUAAUAAUAACUAUGAUGCAGACUUGGAGGACUUGAAGAACUUGGAGAGUGUCAUUAGUAAUGACGUAGAUGAUGUCAUUGUUGGAGCCACCAACGGUGACGAUGACGACACUGAUGAUGACUACGAAGUCGACGAUGAUGAUGACAAUGAUGGUGUAAAUACGAGUUUACACAGACAACAUCAACAGCAACAGGAAGCAGAUGAUGACCAUCAAUCAGUUCAUCAGUUGCCCUUUUUACCAGUGUACAAUAAGGACAAGGAUGACAUGUUGGAGAUUGACGACGAGGACCACAACAAACAGACUACGGCCGCUUCAAAUGCCUUGCCAUCAGUUGGCAUUGACUUGUUUGAUGCCACAGACGACAUGGAUGAACAACAACCAACAAAGAAGUUGAGAACCAAUAGUGGACAUGGUCAACGUAUAACGACAAACAACACCAGCAACAACAUUGUCAAUGGAAAUGGUCCCGCAGCAAACGGACAUAUGACAUCGGGCAUGAAUGAACCAAUGAACAUUGAUAGACCCAUACCACCAGCACAUCCGACCUCCUCCUCCACUUCAACAACAACAACAACGUCAUCAUCAAGAGUUGAUAGCAAUGGCAUCGAUAUUAGCUCAGCUCUCAGUCUCAAUCUUGAGUAUCAAAGGUCAAUCAAGCGAUACCUUGAAAAGAUAGAGUCUGCAAUCGAGAAGAAUCAAGACCUACUGAGGAAGGCAAAGGCAAGCUUCACCAAUACUACCUCCAAAUCAAACAAACACUCAGAUAAGAAGCCAGGACAUCCAUACUUUGCCUUGGAGACUGGUGAGCUGCCGCCAGACAAUCCAGACACUAUACUGGUCAAACAACAUUUUGGUACAAUGCCUGUAUCAUUCAAAGGAAAGAGAUGGACAAAGGCAGAUUGUAUGCAACUAGCCAAAGGUAUCAGAGAGAAGAACUUACAAUUGAAACUCUUUGAGAUAUCAGAGAAGAACCUGUCAAAGGAGGAGUACCAACGCGAGAUGCAGAUGGUUAGCAACCUCACCGAACGUGACAUGGAGAUCAACCUGGUUGGAAUCAACUGGGAACACAUCAGCUCAGAGUACCUCUCACUCAAGACUCCACUAGAGUGUGAGCUGCGCUGGAAGAACCACGAACAUCCCUCCAUCAACAAGGAGCCAUUCACCAAGGAGGAGGACAAGAAGUUGCUCGAGCUGGCAAAGAAGUAUCAGGGUCACGAUUGGAGCUCAAUCUGCAGAGAACUCGGCACAGGCCGAUCGCCUAUUCAAUGCUGUCAACGAUAUCAGCGCAGUCUCAACACCAACUUUAUGAAACGCGAGUGGACCAAAGAGGAGGACGAGAUACUCAUGAGUCAGUUCCUCAAAUACAAUGGAAUGGGCGAGAGAAGUUGGCAACGGAUUGCCGAGGCACUGGAUGGAAGGACCGGACACCAAUGUCUACAUCGAUGGCAAAAGACAUUGGACCCAACGAUCAAGAGGGGUCGAUGGAGUGAUGAGGAGGACGAUCAGCUGCGCAAGGCGGUCGAGCUGUAUGGUCGAGGAAACUGGAUAUUGAUCAAGAAUCAUGUGCCCGGUAGGACGGACAUGCAGUGUAGAGAGAGAUGGUGCAAUGUUAUGGACCCAGUAGUGACGAGAGCACCAUGGACAGAUGAGGAGGACGCAAAGCUGAAAACAAUUGUCGACAGGCUUGGAAUGGGCAAAUGGGCACAGGUAGCCAAAGAGAUGGUGUGUAGAACUGACAAUCAAUGUUGGCGACGAUGGAAGACACUGAACAGCAAGUCACCACUGCUCCAGGAGUAUCAAGAGUUAAUCAACAAGAAAAAGCAGAUGAUUGUCAGCAACUUUGUUGGAAGAAAGAAGGAGCGUCCGGCGUUCACUGCGGAUGACUUUGUGCCACUAGAGAGGAUGAAGGAUAUUGCGGGAUCGCAAGAGGCUGGAGUCAACCCAGACACACCAAAGAGGAAACGAAGGUCAUCAAAGAAGGGUACAGAGCAAGCCAGCGACCAAGAAGACACGAGCUCACCACAACAACAACCAUUCACUAUUGCUCCACCAACAGUGUCCGGACCAAACACUCCAAUUUUGACAACACCUCCAAGAGCAGUUCAAAUGGAAGAGGAGGAGGAGGAGGAUGAGGAGUCACCAAUAGUGUCAGAUCCUACUACACCUCCAACAACAACAACUACAACUACUACAACAACGUCAACAACCACAACAUUCACUCUUCCAGAACCUGGACAAGGCCUAACAUAA